UACUGGGGAUUGAACCCAGGACCUUAUGCAUGCUAAGCAUGCGCUCUACCAUUUGAGCUACACCCUCCCCCAAAACUUUUGUGCCUUGAAUGUGAUACCUUUGAAAAUGUAGAAUUGGCCAUUUCUAUAGUCGAAAACUGUCAAACUGCUCCCUCUUGAAGAUUCUGUAUCUUGUUUCAAAAGAAAUGCCAACAUGACUCAAAACCCUUGACAUGCCAGUGGAGUAAAACAGUGCUAUCAUUUUGAGGACCUGUGUUUCUAUCAGCUUUUGCCCGGCAUCACUGCUAUCACACAUCAACAACAGAGUGUUAGAGUCUAAAAUGUUCUUAUUGGUGAAGAACUGUUUUGACUGUCAUCAAGUAUUUGAAUACUGAGUGUUUCUGGCCCUUGACACUGUCCUAUACCUUACGUGGUGUUUACAAGUGAAAUAGGAAUCAUGUUGCUGGCACUUGGUGAGCUCAAGGAUUCCUAAGAGCUCCAAAGAAGUGAGCAAAUCAGAUAGAAACAUGGCAUUGUUGAUCAUACUGAUUACCUGUUUUGUGAUUAUUUUUGCUACUUGCCAGCCUUGCCAGACCCCGGACGACUUCGUGGCUGCCACUUCUCCAGGACAUAUCAUGAUUGGAGGUUUGUUUGCCAUUCAUGAAAAAAUGCUGUCCUCAGGAGACCACCCCAGAAGACCAGAAAUCCAGAAGUGUGUCGGCUUUGAAAUAUCAAAUUUUCUCCAAACUCUCGCCAUGAUUCACAGCAUUGAGAUGAUCAAUAAUUCAACACUAUUAACUGGAGUCAAACUAGGGUAUGAAAUCUACGACACUUGUACAGACGUCACAGUGGCCAUGGCAGCCGCUUUGAGGUUCCUCUCUAAAUUCAACUGCUCCCGAGAAGUUGUGGAGUUUCAGUGCGACUAUUCCAGCUACAUGCCAAGGGUUAAGGCUGUCAUAGGUGCUGGAUACUCAGAAAUAACCAUGGCUGUCUCCAGGAUGUUGAAUUUACAGCUCAUGCCACAGGUGAGUUAUGAAUCAACGGCAGAAACCCUAAGUGACAAAAUUCGCUUUCCUUCAUUUUUACGGACUGUGCCCAGUGACUUCUAUCAAACUAAAGCAAUGGCCCACCUGAUUCAGAAAUCUGGAUGGAACUGGAUUGGCAUCAUAACCACAGAUGAUGACUAUGGACGAUUGGCUCUCAACACUUUUGCAGUUCAGACUGUGACAAGUAACGUGUGCAUAGCCUUCAAGGAAGUUCUCCCAGCCUUCCUCUCAGAUAAUACCAUUGAAGUCAGGAUCAAUCAGACACUUGAGAAAAUCACAGCAGAAACUCAGGUUAAUGUUAUUGUGGUAUUUCUCAGUCAGUUCCAUGUUUUCAAUCUCUUCAGUAAAGCCAUUGAAAGGAAUAUAAAUAAGAUCUGGAUUGCUAGCGAUAACUGGUCCACAGCCACCAAAAUUACUACCAUUCCUAAUGUUAAAAGGAUUGGCAAAGUUGUGGGGUUUACCUUUAGAAGAGGCAACAUGUCCUCUUUCCAUUCCUUUCUUCAAAAUCUGCAUAUGUCUCCCAGUGACAAUAACAAACCCCUGAAUGAAUACGCCACGCUCUUGUCUGCCUGUGCACAUGCAAAGGACAGUGAUUUGAGUCAAUGCAUUUCCAACUAUUCUUGGGGGACUUGGGCCCACAAGGCUAACAAGGAUAUAGAAAGGAACUUCUCCCUGAGAAGUGACUUCCUGUGGGAUUACACCGAGCCGGGAGUUAUUCACAGUAUUCAGCUUGCAGUGUUUGCCCUUGGUUAUGCCAUUCGGGAUCUGUGCCAAGCUCGAGACUGUCAGAACCCCGGCGCCUUUCUACCAUGGGAGUUACUUGAUGUACUGAAAAAUGUGACAUUCACUGAUGGAGGGGAUUCAUUUCAUUUUGAUGCCUAUGGAGAUUUGAAUACUGGAUAUGAUGUUGUGCUCUGGAAGGAGAUCAACGGUCACAUGACAAUUACCAAGAUUGCACAAUAUGACCUGAAGAAUGAGCUCUUCAUUAUCACAGACCACCAAUCAAAAAAUGAGCUCAGGAAUCUUAAGCAAAUUAGAUCUAAAUGCUCUACGGAAUGCAGUCCCGGGCAAAUGAAGAAAACCACAAAAAGUCAACAUAUCUGCUGCUAUGAAUGUGUGAACUGUCCUGAAAACCACUAUAGUAAUCAGACAGAUGCGGAUUACUGCCUUUUAUGCAACAACGAAACUCACUGGGCCCCAAUAAGGAGCACAAGGUGCUUUGAAAAGGAAGUGGAGUAUCUCAACUGGAAUGACUCCUUGGCUAUCCUGCUCCUGGCCCUCUCUCUAUUGGGAAUUUUGUUCGUUCUGGCCAUUGGCAUAAUAUUUACAAGAAACCUGAACACACCAGUUGUGAAAUCGUCUGGGGGAUUGAUAGUCUGCUACAUAAUCCUUUUCUGUCAUUUCCUGAACUUUACCAGCACAGGUUUUUUCAUUGGAGAACCACAGAACUUCACAUGUAAAACCAGGCAGACGCUGUUUGGCGUGAGCUUUACUCUCUGUAUCUCCUGCAUUUUGACAAAGUCCCUGAAAAUUCUGCUAGCCUUCAGCUUUGAUCCCAAGUUGCAGAACUUCCUGAGGUGCCUCUACAAGCCCAUCCCCAUCAUCUUCAUUUGCACGGGCAUCCAGGUUGCCAUUUGCACACUCUGGCUAAUCUUUGCAGCACCUGUUGUGGAAGAGAAUGUCUCCUUGCCCAGAGUCAUUAUCCUGGAAUGUGAGGAGGGAUCAGUCCUUGCAUUUGGCACCAUGCUGGGCUAUACUGCCAUCCUGGCUUUCAUUUGCUUCAUAUUUGCCUUCAAAGGCAGGAAAUUGCCUGAGAAUUACAAUGAAGCCAAAUUCAUAACAUUUGGAAUGCUCAUCUACUUCAUAGCUUGGAUCACGUUCAUCCCGGUCUAUGCUACCACAUUUGGCAAAUACUUGCCAGCUGUGGAGAUUAUUGUGAUUUUAAUAUCUAACUAUGGGAUCCUAUGCUGCACAUUCUUCCCCAAGUGCUAUGUUAUUCUCUGUAAGCAAGAGACUAACACAAAAUCGGCCUUUCUCAAGAUAAUUUACAGUUAUUCUUCCCACAGCGCCAGUAGCCUCACCGUCAGUCAUGUUUCACUGGACUCGGCAAACAGCAAUGUCACAGCAACCCACCGCAGCUCGGGCGGUGAGUCUGCAGCCGGGCAGAAAAGCAACAAUCUCCAGGCACAAGCAUUUGCACACACGUGCAAGGAGAAUCCUCCAUGGGUAUCAAAAGCUUUGCCUCGAAAAAGAUUUUCAAGUAUAUGAGUGAGUCCUCAAGAGACGGUACAUUCCAGAACAAAAUGUUUCCAGGGUCUUUGCAUUUAAGACGUGCAUUUACUUUCUGAGCAAAUAUAUCCUCUGCAUUUAGUCACUUACUAUUACUACCUUCAGCAAAUUUUGGCUAACACCCCCUCUGUUCCACCACUUGUUGAACAGAGAAAAUCACCCUCAACCUGGAACUCUUUUCACUGCUUACAGCCUCCAUCUGCUUCUGUCUUUACCUCCAACCUCUGAGGCACACAGUUAAAGGUAUCGCUUCUAUCCAAAGUUGGCCCAUGAGGCAUCAUCCUUAUUCGAUCCUCUACCACCUCCUCUCAGGAACCUCCCUGCACGGGUCUCCUUCUCUCUUGAGCAUCUUUACCUUCCCACCUCAUCUGCUCAGUUCAGUUGAACAAGUAGUCGAGCAGGUACCCCGUGCUAGGGGAUAUGCUAAAUACAAAGGUACCAGAAGGAUCGAGGCAUCAUUUCCGACUUUAAGGAGCUCAAAAUCCAGGCGAAGACAGUCACGUAGAGACAUCUUCAGUUCAGUGUGGGGAAGCCUAUGGUUGCGAUUAUGCGUUGUAUUCACUAUAACAGUAGAGUACAGCAGUAGUAGCCACCGUGGGGUUGACGGGAGAGUUUCAAAGAAGGUUAAAUGAAGACUAUGAUGUUUAGGUGCAGUCUUGAGUAAAGAGUUACAGCUAAUCAAAGAAAGUACAGAAAGCUGUUCCAGAUAUAGGAAAAAGCAGGAGCAGCGGCAGAAAGUGUGUCAAGAGGGUGUGUUCCGGGAAGGACAGUCACUUUGGUAUUACCAGAGAGAAGUCCUCUUUCAUAUGCAACAAUUAGACAAUGAAUGAGUGCCACAGAUUGGAGUUCUUUUGUGAGAAGCUUAGGUCUUUAUCUUGCGGGUAGAAGCUGACCAUCAAAGCAUCUGGUAGAAAGAUGACAGAUUCAAAGUCCUAUUUUAGGAAGAUCACUCUGAUACAGGGUGGAGGAUGGGGUCUAGUUAAGAGAGAAUUAAGAUCUAUAUCAGGGA